GUGCCAUACUCAGCAGCCAUGAAGUUCUCCCUUGCCGCCCUAGUUGUCCUGCUCGCUCUGGCACAUGGUAAGUGAAAAUUCUUCAUAACUGAAAGGAGCACUCUGUCGCUAGUUUCUCCCCUGUAGUAGCAUUCAGAAUUAAUUACACAAUCAUGGCUGAAACAAAAACACACACAGUUUGAUUUGUUUGUCUUCUUAAUUGAUUUUCUCGUAGAUUGCAUUCUGUAUGGAGAUAUGUGGUUCUAUAACUGCAUUUAACAUAUGUGCACUAUACACUGAGUGUACAAAACAUUAAGAACACCUGCUCUUUCCAUCACAUAGACUGAAUAUGUGAAUCCAGGUGAAAGCUAUGAUCCCUUAUUGAUGUCACUUGUUAAAUCCACUUCAAAUCAGUGUAGAUGAAGGGAAGGAGACAGGUUAAAUAAGGAUGUUUAAGCCUAGAGACAAUUGAGACAUGGAUUGUGUAUGUGUGCCAUUCAGAGUGUGAAAAUAUUUAAGUCCAUUUGAACAGGAUAUGGUAGUAGGUGCCAGGCGCACCGGUUUGUGUCAAGAACUGCAAUACUGCUGGGUUUUCACGCUCAACAGUUUCCAGUGUGUAUCAAGAAUGGUCUACCACCCAAAGGACAUCCUGCUAACUUGACACAACUGUGGGAAGCAUUGGAGUCAACAUGGGCCAGCAUCCCUGUGGAAUGCUUUCGACACUUUAAUAGUCCAUGGCCGAUAAAUUGAGGCUGUGUUGUUCCUAAUGUUUGGUAUACUCAGUGUAUAAUAUAAUAUUAAUGAGAGAUAUGCAACAUAUAGGAAUGUUAUAUUGCAGAGUCGGUGGAUAUAUUUAUAACUCAUGUAUUUUAAAUGACUGUAUGUAGAGAGGGUCUUGUAUGUGCUGUUGUAUGCUAUAUGGGCAUAAAUGGUUUGUGUACAAUGUGGGAAUAUGUUAAUGAAGUUAUCCUCUGGCUACCCAUAGGAAGCCAAGCAGCACAGUCCCCCGAGGUUGAGAAGCUGGCACAGUACUUCCAGGAUCUGUCAGCUCAGCUGACCUCCACCACUCAGGAGCUGAUGCAGAAGAUCCAGUCAGAGUGAGUGACAUUUUUUAAACUAUUAAAUGAUUUGAUAAACCUAUGAAGAACCAGCCCUCCCAACCCAGUCCUAAUUAUAAGAAUUGUGAAGAAAAAAAACAUAACUCAUCCUCAUUCUUUUACCUUAUAAUUUACAAUAAAGAAACAGCAGCCACAACUACUGCUGAAGAAUGGAUGGUUCGCAACAAUCAUAUACAUUCCAACAUUUGAUGAAAAAAGGCUAAUGACCUGCAAAUGCUUUAACAGGCAAUGUGUUUCGAUCCUAUUUUCAAAUAAUAUUUUUGGCACUCCCUUUGUUUAUAUUCAGACCACUAAUCACCCGCUCCCUUCCAAACAGGACAUUCGUAGAGGAUGGAAAGGCCCAGCUGCAGCAGAUCCAGGCCCAGCUGGCACCCCUGGCCGAUAACAUGCAGACCCAGCUGAAGCCCCUGGCUGAGAACAUGCAGGCCCAGCUUAAGCCUCUGGUCGACAACUUCCAGGCUCAGAUGGAAGACCUCUUCCGCAAACUGAUGGACCAGACCAAGUCCCUCGGCCAAUAA